CGUCGCCGCGAAAUUUGUAAUCUUUUUAAUUGCAUCGUAAAACUUUUCAAACACUCGAUCAAAAUUUUGCAUUUUGCAAAAGUCACACACAAACGAAGUUAGUGUGAAAAAUGUCGGUGAGAAAAAAAAUACGGAGUACCAAAUUUCAAAUUAAGUAUUUAAUUGAUUAUAUGGCUUCUCAUCCGCGACUGGCAGAAGGGGAGUAUACUGGACCUCAAGGCAAGAGGCAGAAGGAGCUGCAGUGGUUGAAACUCAGGACCAUACUCAACCAGUUUGGUCCUAACAAGUCGAUAGCACAAUGGGAACAUACUUGGCGUGACUUGCGGCGCAAAGCCAGAAACCAGAGCGCGAAAGCAAAUGAGGCAUUAGGGGUCACCAGCAACAAUUUACCGAUGCCUUCAAUACCUGUUAAUUCCCUAAAUAUUAUGAUUGAGACUAUUAAAUCGGAAAGUGCCUUUGACGGUGAUGGUGCCGAGGAAAGUGGGGUUGGUGAUCCGCUUUCGCUACACAAUGUCAGUGAUUCAGCAGAUGUAGAUGAAAUGGUUCGAUGCCGGUCCAAUCACUGCGAACCAAGCCCAAAUCCACCCCCCAGACCAAGUGCUACAAGUUUCGAAGCAGACGCAGACGAAUUACUUGAAGCUAAAUUGGAGAUUAAUGACAUCAUGAAGGUUCGUUGCGGAUCCAAUCAUCGCGAACUAAGUCCAAACCCACCCCCCAGACCAAGUGCUGCAAGUUUCAGAGCAGGCGCAGACGAAUUUCUUGAAGCUAAAUUGGAGAUGAAUGAGACCAUGAAGGGUAUAUUAAAUCAACUUACAAUAGCAAAUAGGCACAACGCCAUCCGCACGAGGAUCGCAUUUAGGGAGAGAUUAUGGCGACUUCGAAGGCAAAAUAACUUAUAGUUUUAGUUUUUUUUAGUAUAUUUGAUUGUUGUAAUAAUUGUAUUUCGUUUUUCGAUUGCAUAUUUCAUGAUUGUUGUAAUUAUAUUGUGUAUAAGAUUGUAGAUUUUAAAUCGUGCCGCCGUCAUAAACAAAUUUCUUACA